AUGGUAGACUUCCGUGGCCUGGCUUGUGAAGUGCUGCGCUUAGUUACAGCAUCCUGUUCCCGUUUGAUGUAUGAUUGGGAGCCUAGUUAUAUUGAUUUGUCGCUGAUUCGGGAUAAUCUUUUAAUGAUAACACCGGACUAUUCCUUUGUAUCUGAUCCCGCUAAUCAGCUAACAGAUGCCUACCCCGAGUUGCUACUGAGAGCAUGUAUAUCCCCAGUUGAUGGUUUGCUCCAUGUCAGAGCCACUCGUUCGUACUUGGAGGCUUAUGAUGAGCUCUUGUGGGGACUUAUGGUGCUUUGUAAUCUUGAUGGCGGCCAGUUUGCACGGGUUUCGGAGCUAUUAAUGCUAGAUUGUUUUAAUACUGCUUCAAGAGAGCGAGGUAUUAGCUUAUGGGGUGCGAAGAUGUGCUCUAUCACUAGGCAACAUAAGGCUUGUCUGGCCACUAAUAAUGAGUUUGAUGUCGUAUGCUUCUUCUCCAAACCUGUCUCCCGGCUCAUGUUCCGGUACCUCGUCAAUAUACGGCCAGUCGUAAUAUUAAACUUGCGUAGAUGUUUUCAUAUUGAACAUACCGACGCGCUUCUCUUCUCCCCACUUUCUUAG